AUGGCAUACACGGUUCUGAGCAACAACGCAUGGCUACUGCAGCAUGCCCAGCAGCUGCAGUGCGAGCUCCAGCAGGAGAGGCAUCAGCGGCUGGGCAUGCAGGAGCAGCUGCAGGCAACGUGCACAGCCUGGAGGACGCUGCACGCCCAGCUUUGGCAAGAGAACGAGGGGCUGAAGCUUGUAAACAGCUGCCAGAUGCAGCAGCUGUAUCACGCCAAACAGCAGCUGGAGGAUUGUUCUAUGCAGUGCCAUCAACUGCAAAUAUGGCUUAUCCAAAUGGGACAACACCAUUGGCAAGAUGCGUGCCAAGAGAUGGAGCCGUGGCGUCACGCCGAGGAGCCCUUGGCAGCGGAGGGCGUGCCUCCGACGCCUGCCACGAGUCCCAGCAGUGGCGCCGCCAGCGCCAACGGCACCCGCCUGCUUCCCGUGCAGGACAAAGAGGCGGCGGAGCGCUGGCAUGUCGACAGCAGAGCGCCACAGCACAGUGAGGAUCCGACAGCCUUGCCACGGCUUCACGCUGCCGCGGACGCCGACGACAACCCUUGCAUCCAGUUGGAGUCCUCAAGAUCGCCGAGCUCCGUGCCAGAGAACGACUCCCCACCACCUGACCGAGCCGAUGCAGCUUGCCAGACGGAGACGGACGGUGAGGACUGCUCUGCCGAUUGGUCUGUGCCAGAGAUCUCGACCCGUUCCCAAAGCGCAGUUGCAGCGCCCGAAGGCGUCCAGGUCGGCAUGGGGGAGUGCACCCCGCACGACCUUCAUGUGCCAAACCUUCUGCCGUACCUGAGCGUGCAGGAGUUGCUGAGCUGGCGCCUGGUCUCCUGCCGCACGAGAAGCCCCGAGGCCUUGAUCGAGCACUUGAAGGAGAUGGGCAGUAUGGAGAGGCCCGAGUCAGUUGUCGCUUAUGCAAAAAUGGCGGAUGAGAUCGCCAGCAGACCGGAGACAUCCUUCACUGAAGCCUUUGGAGGCGAUGCCGAGCAGCAGAAGUUCCACGAGUGUCGGCGAUGGUGCAUGGCCCUGGCGUCCCAGAAGACAACACAUUUUGCUGAAAGCCAGGUUCGCCGGCUUGUGGAGCAGAACGUGGAAAGUUUGCUUCGGCACUGCCGGAGUGCGGAUGAGUCAGUAGCUGGCCCCGCCAGCAUCGUGAUGGCGAACUAUUCUCCCGAUGCCCUCACUUUCGUGCAGCGCACCGUUGCAGAUGCCAUGCUGGCGCUGCUGGAAGACCUGGUCGAGGCUGACAUACGCACCAACGGGCGUCGGAUAGCGAGUUGCGUGCAGACGCUGGCGUUUGCAUUACGAUCGAUGUGCAAGCGUCAGCGUCAGAAGUGGGUGUCCCUUCUGGUCAAACUGCUGAUGAACCGACACUCUCUCAAAGAUCCACUGAUCCACCGACUGAAGAUGCUAUGGGCUGUUGAAGACAAUCCUAAGCAGACCUAUGCAGAAGCUAUACAGCAUCUGCAGACUCACGUGAAGUCCACCUCCGGAGAUCUGCAGCGUGACAUGAAGUUUCUUAUUCACCACAGCUGCUCCUGA